AUGGAUUCAAAGAAUAUAGCGAAUAGGAAUAAUGAUGUACAGGAUAACUGUCAGUUAGCGUCAAGCGAUGUUGAUGUUAUAAAAUCCGACUCUUCAAAUAACAGUUCUAGCUCAAAUGUAUCGAUACACCUUGAGAACAAUUCAACUCCAGAAAUAUCUACCAAAGAAGCACCAAAAACGCUUGCAAGAGGCAUACAGUCAUGGCAUGUCACAUUGAUAUCACUCGGUGGUAUUAUUGGCUCAUGUUACUUCCUUGGAACAGGUUUAACGUUCAGUGAGAUUGGUGCCCUCCCUGUUUUGAUUGCAUAUCUUGUUGCAGGAAUUUCAGUUUUUGGAACAAUGCAAUCUUUUGCAGAACUUCUUGUUAAUCUUCCACGACAUGGUAACUUUAUUACAUAUAACAAGAAGUUUUUAGGUAAUAUCCUUACUACAGGCAUUGGUUGGGCAUUUUGGGUUAAUUGGGUUGUCUAUUGCCCAUCGGAAUGUCUUGCAUUCUCAUAUUACUUAAAUCAUUUCUAUACGAUCCCAUUCAAGAACACCGCUUGGAGUUCUUUUGUUUGGGGUGCAAUAUGUCUGAUGGCUUUAACUGUUUUAAAUCUUUUCAAGAUCAAAUGGUUUGGCCAUGUUGAAAGUGCAAUGUCAAUCGCAAAAAUUGUAGUUAUUGUUAUUUUUGCAAUUAUUGCUUUCUUCAUUUGGUUUGGAGUUAUCGGAAAGAAAGUCCAUCCGUUUACAGAAGAAGAAGUUGGAUUCAUUGGUGGUAAAAUCAUUGCUCAGGGAGAAGGUUCUCUUGGUAAGAGAUUAUUCCAUCAGGGCUGGUUGAUUAUUAUCACUUAUAUGAUAUUUAUCCUGGUUAACUUCGAAGGAACUGAGAUUGUUGGCCUCGAAGCAGCCGAAACAGAGAAUCCAGACAAAAAUAUUCCGAAAGCGUGCACAAACGUUUCCAUUCAGAUUGUACUUAUUUAUAUUAUCCCUGUUAUUGCCUUAGUCCUUAUUGUUCCUUACGAAAAGGCCAACCUCGACGAAUCCAUCUUCGCAUAUGCACUAACAUCAUAUGGAUUGAAGUGGGCUGGGCAAUUGUUCACCUUUGUCACCUUGAUUGCAGCCUUCUCAUGCGCUAAUUCAGGUCUUUACGCAUCAGUGAGAUGUGUAUACGGUUUAAGCAAAGAAGGAUUAGCUCCAGAAUUUCUCUCAAGGCUUAACAAGAACACCAUUCCUCUGAACGCAACUAUUUUCACCCUUGUUUUCAUUUGGGCCGUUUUCAUUUUCGGUUUCAUGACAGAAGCUCUUGGCCUAUUUGGAAAGGGUGGCAAUUCAUUUUAUGGAUCAUUACUUGGAAUUAGUGGCUUCACAGGAACAUUAAUGUGGGCAGGAAUCAUUAUAUCCCAAAUUAUUUUCCGCUUCAAGCUCAAGAGACGUGGAUAUUCCAUUGAAAAAGACUUGGUUUCCAAGGCCUUCCUUUAUCCAUAUCUCCACAUCUUUUCAGCAGUAAUGCAAAUUGCUGCUAUGAUUCUUUUAAUAUAUUUAGCGAUGGUGGAUGGGUCAUAUUUGUCAUUUCUUUGGUGUGUUUCAUUCUUGCAAUGGGUAUUUAUGCAGUUGCUGCAUGCCUUGGUAAGACAAGAACUGAGAUUGAACCAGAAGAAAUGA